AUGGAUACCCUUCCCGAGGAGAUCUUCCUCUUCGUCUGCCGCAUGCUGGCCCCCAUCCCGCUGCUGAGUAUAGACCCAGACGAAAAUGGCGAAGAAGAUGAGUAUCUGCGACCCCUUCUGCACCUCACUCAUGUCUGUCGGUCGUGGCGACGGACCCUCAUCGAUGCUCAAUCAAUGUGGUCCUACUUGAUUCUCAAACCAAGUGACAAUGUCUGCAAGAACAUCUCCUCCGUGUUUAUGGAACGCUCGGGCGAAUCUCCUCUCACCAUCAUCAUCGUCACCAACGACAUCGACGAUGUUCACAGGACGAUAUCUGCACAGGGAAGGCGACUGUUUCACUUUCAAAUCCGCAUGCUUGCUCCAUCCCCAGCUCACUACUCGUUGCUCUUUCCUUCUGCUACACCUCUACUCGAGACACUCUCCAUCAAAUACGAGACAGACGCUCCGAACGAGACAGAAUACCGCAAGCUCAACCCAUGGUCGACCCGGAUGUUCCACGACGGCCCCUCGUCUCUCCGUGCCCUUCAACUUUGGCCCGUGCAGUACGAUCUGCCGCUCGACUCCUUCCCCAUCCUAACACACCUUUUCCUUUCCCUCGACUCCGUCAACGUCGAGUGUGGCACCCUCUUCGAAGAUGUCCUUAGUCUGCUGGCGCGCACACCCUUGCUGCAAUUCUUCAAUCUGCACUACAUCCAAACUAACGGCAACUCCCUACCCGCAUCAGAACGCAAUCUGCCAGCUAUGGUCAAACUUUCGCGCUUGAAUAGGAUGUCAGUAUCGCACACCAACUGGGAAUUCAUCGGGAAUCUCCUCCGUCGCCUCAUUCUCCCCCUCGAGUUCAACAUAUGUUUCACCGACCCGCCGUCGGAAGGCGCAUUCAAUGAUUGGAAAAGCUGCGCGUCGAGAAUCGUGAACCUUUUGUGCCGGACAGCAAUCCCAUCCCUCGAGCGUCUCAAGAUCUGCCAGUCGCGCCGUCAGGUCACCAUCACAGCCGAGGGCCCCCUCUCGCAGGCCCCGCCCCCUCGUGCGCACGGCCGUCUCGCGCUCUCCACAGGACUCCCCGGGCCCGGAGAUGCGCCUCGCCGUCGCCGCGCCCACGCCGUCUCAUGGCUCGCCUCGCUCCCCACGCACAUCCCGUUCUCGUCGAUCCGGGUCCUGCAUCUCGACGUCGAACACAACCCCGUCCCCCUCCUGUCCUCCCUCCUCGCGCACGCCCCCGCGCUGGCCACCCUCGUCUUCCUCUUCCGCGCGCACCACGGCACGACCAAGACGGACGAGCUCGCCGCGCUCGACGCGCUCACCGCCGCCCUCCUCGUCCCCGCCGCCGACGGCGCCCUCCCGUGCCCGCAGCUCGCCACGCUCGGCUCCUGGAUCUGGUUCCCGGGCCUCGUCGCGAACCGGGGCUCCACGGGGGACGCGCGGCGCGCCCUCGUCGCCGCCACGUUCGCGAAGUUCGCCGCGCUCGCGACGGCGCGCGCGCGCCUCGGCCGGCCGCUGCGCACGCUGCUACUCGCGCCCAUCACCCUCCCCGAGCGGCUGCGGCCGGAGGAGCUGCAGGAGGCCGCGCGUGAGGACGGCGAGGACGGGCGGUUCGGGGAGGUGCUCGUUGCCGCCAUGGUCGAGGCGGGGAUCGAGACGCUCCGGGGCGUCGUGGACGAGGUCGUGUGGGCGCCGGACGGGGAGGGGCGGGUGGAGCUGGACCGGCUGUUCGCGACGGACACGGCGGCGGCGGAUGAGGAGGACUUGGGGCGUGCGGGGCGGUAUUGGAGGAUCCCGCGCGGUCCAGGCGCGUAA